CCCUCGCACAUACAGCGUGGCGAGUGGCCUGCCGUGUCCACGGCGUGAGUUGGUCAGUGGCCAGCAGCCCCGCGGCUCGCUGCGUGGCACAGACACGGCACGGUAUGGCCGUCCAGACCCUCAUUCUCGGGCGGAGCGCUCCGGCCCUCGCCAUCCUUGUGCUGUCUCACAAGGCUGGGAGGGCGUGGUUGGAGUUGAGCCCAUGCCACCGUGCAGCGCGAAUGAACCGGUGGGUCAGUGAGCGUCCGGGAGCAGGCCGAUUCGAAUGCGGCGACGACAGGUGCGGGCGAGCGAACGCGCUCUCGCGUCCUGCAACCUCGCAGCAGGAAUAUUUGGCAGCAAAAUUUGCUGCUCAGGAUACCCUUCAUGCUCUGACUUUGUUGACCUGGGCGCUGAAGGGCUUAUCCAUGUCAAGAGGGGCCGCUCGAGCAAGCUGCUGCCACGCCGCGCCUGCUCACCGCCUUUCCCUCCCUCAACGCGCGCCAACAAUAGAAAACAGCGGUCCGCGGUGACACGCCUGAGCCCAUGCCGCCAGAGGACGAUGGCGCCGUGCAUCCUUUGCCCAUCGAUCGGCAUGCUGCGCGGGCUGCAAGAUGCAAUUCACCGCGAUGCUGCGCGCGCGUACCUUCUGCUUUCGCCAGCAGCAGUACGAGCCGCCCCUCGCCCUAGGCAGUGGACCCGGCCGUCGUCGUUGUAUCGCUACAGAACAGCACCCUUCACUGCUGGCCUCGGCCUCGGCUGCCACUGCAACCUUCUGCUGUCUGCAUCCGCGACUCGGCAGGGUCCUGGCUGCGCGCCCCGCCGCCGCCUGCAUCCCGCCGAUCGCUGGCGUCUCCGUUUCCUCGCUUCUCGUCACCGAAGAUGCGUGCGAUGCUGGCGAUGCCAGUGCUCUGCCAUGCACGCAAGACCACCUGCUCCUGCUCUGACGACGCAAUCUCGCGCCCCAGAUUGCUGACGGCCCGCGCGGAUAAUCUGCGAGCCUACCCCGCUGCGCGCCCGGGAUUCUGACUCCCCCAUCGCCGCUGAUUCACGUCCCAG